UACUUGUAGACGAGCUACGAAGCAGUCAGAGUGUGCAGUGGUGUAUUUUCGUGUUUCUACCAACGCGUGAGUGUGUGAAUUUGGUUAAUUAAAAACGCCAACCAAAGUAUAGCAGAACAAGCUGUGCGCGCAUUCGUAUUCGUAUUUUACGAUAACAGCAACAAUAACAAAUAUAACUAGAGCAAUACGUAUCCGUCGCCGUCCGUGCUCCGAUCGGUGGUAGCGGUCUCGAUUUCGUCAGCGAUUUCGCGUUUUCGGUUUCGAUGUUUUCUCAGCAGUGAAUUCAAAUUCGUUUUACUCAAUUUAAAAAUCUAAAUCAAUGGGUCAUUUUGCGAAUACAACAACAAGCAAUUGAACUUUGUGCCAUUAGUAUCGAUUGUCAAAAAAUCGAAUAGUUUCUGAGUCGUCCCGAUCUUCGUAAACAUUACGAAAACGGAUCUAAAGCGUCAACGUCGUCGCAUUCACGAUCAUCGAUGUGUCUGUUCCAGUAAAAUUCAAAAUUGCAUAAGCAAAAUUUUUCUACAUUCAAAUACAACCACGUACGCACAACAACGUCGUCCGCAUUUGAAAUUCCAUCAAAAGCGAAAAAAGCGAAGGAAGAAAAAGUAAAAAGUGCGGCCGAGAAAAAUAUAGUAGAUACGUGAAAAUUUGUACAUUGCAAGCGACGACGAAUAGUAGCAGCACAUUUGUUGCGCUAUUUUGGGAAAUUUUUCAAGCAUUUAGAUGUUUUGGUAAACAAGUGCAAUGUGACUGUUUAGAAACAGAAAGUUUCCUUAAAAGAAAAGCGCCACUAAACAAGUGUUUCGUAUAAAUUUGUGCUCAUUGUGCAAAAACAAAUACUCAAGGACCCAGUGCAUGCGUCCUCAGUGUCAGCGUAAAUAACUUUCAGUGCAAAAACAAAGAACAUUUAACUACAGUGCCUUCUAAAGUGUGUUUUUUUUAUCCACUGAGAUUGUUAAGCCAAUUAGUGGCAUUUCGAAAGAAAGACACAUAAAAAACAACUGUAAAUUGUAAAAAGUGCGAACAGCAAAGGCAACACAUAAUUAAGUCGCCAGUCAGCGCGUUGUAGUGUCAAAGUUAUAGUGCAGUGCAUAUAGAUAACGUUAAAGACCGCAAAGACUAACAAAGAAAUUACCCUAAGACCAACAUUUCAACCCUGAUGGCAACAACAGCACCGGCCAGCGCCCCCCUUAUCAGCCACAGCAGCUCCGCCAACAGCAGCAGCAGCAGCAAGCCGAUUACCAUACCCUUGCUUGAGCGCUUCACCAGCCAGCUAUCCACCGGUUCGGCCGACAGUGGCGUCGUUGUUGGUGGUGCUAACUCUUCCAGCAGCAACUCUGUGGCGUUGACUAGAAAAAGCCUUGCCGCCAACUGUUCAUUGGAUACACGCUGCAAUUCGCUAUGUCUGCAUGGCACGAAUGUCAAAUGGCAGCUCCAGAAGCUGAAGCAGCCCACCAAUAAACAGUUGCUGUCGCAGGAUAGUGGCAUCGAUGCCGUUGUCGAUGGCGGUAGUGGCGGCACAUUGGCCGCUGAUGGCGACGCAGAUUCGACCGCCGGUUCGCGGCAACAACUCAAGUCCAUGCAGUGUUCUUCGUCCAGCAGUGAGUCGCUGGGCGGCAAUUCAUCUGGCCUGUCACUGUCCAAAUAUUCUGAGGAUGGCGGCGAGUCGGAGAACUCGUCGGGCAUUUGCAUGAGUGUCGGCAGUGGCCGACGCAUUAAGUAUCGCAAUAGUGCCAGCACCUGCACUCAAGGUUUAGAGGACCGUAUCGAAGAGGUAGACAUACCAGACGAUUACGACGAGGAGGAAGACGACGUGGAUAAUGACGACGUCGAUGUAGACGAAGACGAUGAUGAAGUUGAUGUGGGCGUAGAUGAUGAUUUGGACGUGGAUGAGGAUGAAGACGUUGAAAGCGAUAGCGAUUCGGGUAAUAACUCGGGUGUUGUGGGUGAAACAGGCAGCGCCUCUAUGCCCACAACCAUCGGUACACUGAAUGGCUCCUUUGGCAAGAUCGUGCCAACGAAAGCGCUCGGCGUCAAAGAACCACCGGCAGCGAAUCAAUUGCACAUCAAAUCGUCGCUACAUGCGCCGCAGUGCGCCUCAGCGCCGGUAGGCAGUGUUACUUACUCAACGUCCCACCACAAAGCCAAUGAAACAAAUAAGCCAACCACUAGCAGUAGUAAUCAUAAUAAUCUAAACAAUAAUCGUAGUAGUAGCACUAGAGACCAUAGUAGUAGUAGUAGUAAACCGCAAGCAGCCACUAAGUCCAAAAAUCCCGAAUCACAAGUAUUGGCCACUGAUGGCAAUUAUUAUUUUCCGCUGCUGAAAAUCUCCGACGAUCCGUACAUUGAUUCGAAAUUGAUUAACAAGAAGGAUGGCCUACAGGACACCAUGUACUAUCUGGACGAGUUCGGCAGUCCGAAAUUGCGCGAGAAAUUCGCACGCAAACAGAAGGAGAAGGAACAGAAGCAACAGAAGGCGCAAAGGAAGCAAAGCAAACGCGAAGAGGAGCGUAAGAAGCGCACAACAUUGGCGCCGAACGCCACUGCUGCAUUCACGACUGACAAGCAAACCGCUAACAGCGGCGCGACAAUGGAGUCCAAAAAACCAAGCAACGUCAUGGACGCUGCAACAAACUGUGAUGAUAGCUCCAAGGAGCAAAGGCAAAGUAGUAGUUAUAAGCACAAAUGCGACGCUGCGGCUGGGAAUGAGCAGAAGACCGCUAAUGAGGCGGAUACGCGCAUUACAGCGAGCAACAAGUCGCUGUCGACCGCAUCCUGCGUGACCUGGAACAAAGUAUUUCGCAAGUUCAAAACUGUCUUAGGUAAGUCUGAUAUGAGAACGCAAGCUAUAGCCAAUACUGGCAGAGAUGGUUCCAAGAUUACAACAGUCGUCGCCACACCUGGCCAAGGUACUGACCGUGUGCAAGAAGUUUCCUACACAGAUACCAAGGUGAUCGGCAAUGGUAGCUUUGGCGUGGUCUUUCAAGCGAAGUUAUGCGAUACCGGCGAGCUGGUAGCUAUCAAGAAAGUUUUACAAGACAGACGAUUUAAGAAUCGUGAAUUGCAAAUUAUGCGCAAACUGGAGCAUUGUAACAUUGUAAAACUUUUGUAUUUUUUCUAUUCGAGUGGUGAAAAGUUAGCCGAAUUCCCGAUCGAUAUUGGCAUCUUCGCCAGUGUCCUUAAACCGCAGCGUGAUGAGGUAUUUUUGAAUUUAGUUCUCGAAUAUAUACCAGAAACCGUAUACAAAGUGGCACGUCAAUAUGCCAAAACCAAGCAAACGAUACCAAUUAAUUUUAUACGGCUCUAUAUGUAUCAACUAUUCAGAAGUUUGGCUUACAUCCAUUCAUUGGGUAUCUGUCAUCGUGAUAUCAAACCGCAAAAUCUACUCUUGGAUCCAGAGACGGCUGUGCUGAAAUUGUGCGAUUUUGGCAGCGCCAAGCAACUAUUACACGGCGAACCGAAUGUAUCAUAUAUUUGCUCGCGGUAUUAUCGUGCACCGGAAUUAAUAUUUGGCGCCAUUAAUUACACUACAAAAAUUGAUGUGUGGAGCGCCGGCUGUGUAUUAGCUGAAUUACUACUCGGCCAACCAAUUUUCCCCGGCGAUUCUGGUGUCGAUCAAUUGGUUGAGGUCAUCAAAGUUUUGGGCACACCGACACGAGAACAAAUACGCGAAAUGAAUCCAAAUUACACGGAAUUCAAAUUUCCACAAAUUAAGAGUCAUCCAUGGCAGAAAGUUUUCCGUAUACGCACUCCGACAGAAGCUAUCAAUCUGGUAUCACAACUGCUCGAGUACACGCCCAGUGCACGUAUAACGCCACUAAAGGCGUGCGCACAUCCAUUCUUCGAUGAACUGCGUCAAGAGGGCAACACUACAUUGCCCAAUGGUCGGCCUAUGCCGCCAUUAUUUAAUUUCACAGAGCAUGAACUAUCGAUACAGCCAAGCUUAAUCCCACAAUUGUUGCCAAAACAUCUGCAAAAUAACAGCGCAGGUCGACCGGUUGCCGGUGCUGGUGGCGAGGGUGCUUCUGGCUCAGCAUCAAAUCCGUCAAGUGGCGCCGGUACGCCAGGCGGCGCAACUUCCCAAGCAACUUCAGGCACACAAUCGAGCGCAUCGGCUACAACCAGCAGUGGCGGCGGCAAUGCAACAGUGGCCAACCCAUCGUCCAGCGCCUCAGCUGCUGCGGCAAGCAGCGGCGCGCCUUCAGCGGCACCAUCAGCGCAAGCGAGCGGCGGCGAUGCGGCCAACAGCAGCAAUGGCGGUAACCAACAGCAAGCGUCUGCCAGCGGUGCGUCAGCAACCGGCGCGGGUGAUGCCACUUCGAUUUCAAGCGCCGGUGGCGCCAGUGGCGGCAAUGGCAAUGGCGGCGGUAGUGGUGGCAGCAAUAAUAGCGGCGGCGGCGGCAAUGGCACACAGCCGCAACAGACAGCGACGACAAUGGGUUAGCGAGCUGCAAACGAAGAAAAUGGAGGGCCUAUUAAUUCUAAUAAGAAUAAUUAAAUUUAAAAACAUAAAAUAUAUAAAAGCUAAAAAUAAAAAGAGAAACAUUUAAAAAUAAAAUAAAUAAUGCUAAAAAUAUAUACAUACAUAGAGAAAAAUAGUACGAGUACAGAAAGCAAAAACCGAAAAUAUAGAAUGGAAAACAUUAAAACAAAAUACUAACAUAAAAUUAAUUAUAUCUUAUAUAAUAAAUAAUACAUAAUUAUUAAAAGUAAAAAAAGCAAAAAAGGUAAAAAAUUUGAAAAAAAAAAUAUUUGCAAAAAAAAUUAAAACUUAAUUUGAAAAUGAAAUAACUUCGUUAAGUUGUUAAAUGGGUAACAACAAUAACAGCAAAACAAGAAACACAGCAAAGCAAAGUGUGAAUUUGAUUUUGAAUGUUAUGAUUAAUUUAAUUAUUAGCAGAAAGCAUAGUUAGCAGUACAGUGCAGGCAGUUAGUAAGCGUAUAGCGGCAUAUAAAAAAGUAAAUAAAAAUGUGCAUAAAAAAGUUAAGGAAAAUCAGUAAAACAGAAGAAUACUAAUCAAUUUCAUAUUGAUAAGCAACUAAAAAUACACAAAAAUAACAACAACAAAAAAUUAUAAUAAUAUUUAAAUGAAAACACUAUUUAAAUUUAUUAUUACAAAAUAUGAAAAAUAAUAAAGAAAGAACUUAGCAUAAAUAAUAAUAAUCUAAAUAAAAUCACACAUUUGAGUUGUAUAGUUGAGGACUAAAAAUGUCACUGAUGCUGAUUGAAAAUGAGUAGGGGCUAGUUAAGGCGCAUAUAAAUACCAUAAGUAGCGCAUGAUACAAGAAUCCAAGCAGUUGCAGCAGUUUAAGUACAUAGCAAGACAGCAGCAACCGUUAACAGUUAGUUUAACAGUUAGUGGUAAAAGGAAAUGUAAUCAAAAAAUAAAAAUAAUUUAAAAAAACAUUAAUAAUUAACUUAAAUCACACAAAAAAUUGCAAGAAAAAAGCGUACAUGGAACAGUGUAGGUAAAUAAAGCGCGCCAGCAGGCAAGCGCGCGUACGAAACCGAAAAUCAAGAAUGAUUUUGUUGCACUUUGCACUACUGUAAGCAAAAAAAAACUCAUAACUGUAUAACUGCAAGCAGAUUCAACUAAAAAACUUUAUUAGCUAAAAUCAACAGCAAACAAUUUACAAAUAUAAUUAACACACACAUAAGAAAAACAAAGCAAAACAAAAACUAACAACAUAAAAAAACAUAACUCUAAGUAAAAACAAAAGAAAAAAACAAAAAAAUGCAAUCAAUCAAAUGCGCUUCAAAAGCUAAACUACCAGCAUGUUUGGCAACGCCAUGCAAUGACAACAAGCAACACAUACAAAACUAAACAAAACUGUGCAUGUUUGUCAAACUUCAAUUUCGGCAUUGCAAGCAAAAACUAACGUGUAUAGUCGCAGUUUGGCCUAUUUUAACGUUGUGUUUGCACGCAUUUCGCCAUUAUGCCUUGCAGCUAUUUAAAGUUAAAAGUAUAAACAGUCAAAUGUUUGACUGUAAGCAGUAAAAUAGUGUGAUUUGGCGUCUGUACGUAAACAAAAUUUGACGUUAUGGUGAAGCAAAAUAUUGAUUUGCAGUUUUCGCAACAUUUUGUUUUAGCAUUUCAAGUGAAUUUAGCAAAAGUUACAGAACAAAAGUAAUAUUUUAGCUGCGUUUGAAGCACAGCAGCAAAGCGCAUUGGAAAGAAAGAAAAUAUAGCAGCAGGAGUUUAAAUUUAAUUACUAACUAAGCAAAAUAUGGAAAUAUAUAUAUAUACUAAAUAGUAAAGAAGAAACAAACAAACGGGGAGAUUUCACGUCGCGGUAAGUUUUUUUUCGAGUUUCAUUUAUCAUGUGUAUGUCGCUCUUUAUACGUUAAACAAAUAAUUAAAUGCAAUUAAACUAAUUAAUAAAAAUAUAUUAGUAUGCCGUUUUUAUUAUGAUUAUUAAUAAAUAUUAUUAUUAUAAUUAUUAUUAUUUAUGUAAAUGUAUGUAUAUAUAUGUAUGCUAUGCUACAUGUAAACAUCAUUUAAGUCGUUAAGUCUAACGGUCAUGUUUAAUUUUAUUUCUAAAUACAAUUGAAAAACAAAAUGCAACAAGAAAAAUAAAAACAAAUAAAUAAAUAUAAUUAAUAAACAUUAACACAUGUAUGUUUAAUUUAAAUAAAGUUAUAAGCUUAGUUGGCGACUGUUUGACGGCGUGGUUGGAAGCAGGGUUGCGAAUUCUUUAAUUUAAAAAUUUCGAAUUAAAAUCAGAUAUUUAAUUUUUUGACCGAUUUCAGGUUUAAAGAUUAAAUUUUAAAUUUUUCAAUUUAUAAUUCCGGUUUUGAUACUAAAAAUUAAAUUUAAAUUUUUCUGAAAAUUUGGAAAAUUAAAUUAAAAAAAAAACUAAACUUAAAAAACUAAAUAAAAUGUUUUUGAAAAAUUGAGAAUUUAAUUUUUAAACCAAAGUGCUUAAGGUUAAAAGUAAAAUGUUAAAUUAUAUUUAAAAAUUUAAUUUUUUAUUUUAAUAUGUACAAAAAAAUUUUAAUUUUCUUUAAAAAUAAUUUAAUUUUAAUUGCUUUAAUUUUUAAUUAUAAGCUUUGUUUUAAGUUUUUUUCAAUCCGGUUUUGGAGUUAAAGAUUUUCGGGAUUGCAAAAUAAUAAAAAAAUAUUUUUUAUGUUAUUUCUAAUAUUUUUUAAUCAUUUGUAACCCUGUUUGGAGUUUGCUGUGUAAACAAAAAAUAUUUUAAUACACAGAAAUAAAUAAAAAAAAAAUUAAGUAAUGCAAAAAAAAUACAAAUUGGUAUAUAAAUAACAAAAAAUAAAUUAAAUAAAAAACUCAACUAAAUUUUUUAUAUUAAUACAAAUACAUAAAAAAAUAUAAAUUGAAAACUUUAUUUCUUAAAUUAAUUGUUGAAUCUAGCAAUUUUAAUGCAUUUUAGAACUUCGUCGCGAAAAACCUAAUUAACAGCUAAUUUUUGCAACCUUGAGUGGUCUUAGCGCAUUAGGCGAUUAAAACUAUUUACAGUUAGUAACCAAGAAGCUUCAACUUUAAAUCUAGUAAAGUGAAACCUGAAACUGAACUAUGGAGCACUAAUUAUAUUUUAAAUUAUUAUUUUAAGUUUUUUAUUUAGAUACAUACAUUUAUAUAUGUAUAUAUAUUUUUUUUAUUAUUUUACAAGCAUUUCAAAACGCUAAUGAAAGCUUAUCCAGUUUAUAGAACUUUAGUGUUUUUUUUAUUUAAGCAAACGUUAGUUUGGCCAGUUAUCGCAUACAAAUAAGUGGCAACAGCAUGUUACAUAUACAAAUAUUUUCAGUUGAAAAUUUAAAUAAAAUUAUUUCAACUUAAAUCGAAACAUUCUCGCAAGCUUUUGUUCCGUAGUAUAAGCUUUUCUAUGCACUGGCAAGACAUUUGAAAAAUAACUUGAAAUAUUCUAAACAAUAAUUGUUCACGUUAUGUGAUAACAAAGCUAAAUAAAAUUUUUUAAUAAAAAGAAAUAUUUAAUUUAAUAACAAUAAAAUAAAAUAAUAAAAAAAAAUAUUUUUAAUAAGAAAAAAUGUAUAAUAAUGAAAAAUAAUUUGAAAAUAUUUAACUGAGAAAAAUUUAAAGGCACAAAUACUCAACCGCACUGCGGCUUUAAUUUUGCUAGUUUCUAUUUUAAAUAAUAAAAGAGUAUGAACUUGCAAGCAUGCUUAAAAAUUUAUAAAUAUUUAAAUAAGCGUAAUAAAAAGUGAAAACAGUAAAUAAAGUAGUAGAAAAAAUAUAUUUGAAUUCUUUAACUGUUGUUUAGCUGUAAAAACAAUCAUAACAAUGCAUAAUUAAAUUGUAAUCUAAACAAAAGUAAAGAUAUAGAAGAAACAUGUAUGUAGCUUAGUUUAUAAAGAAUUAAAGCGAUAAAAAAUUAAAUAUGAAAUAUUUGUAGCAUAAAAUACAUAUUAUCUUUUCUUACAAGCACUGCUUUCAAGUGGCUGGAUCAAUUGGAAAUUGUGCUUCAAUAACGAAUUUCACAGCAGUUUGAAAUAUAUUAGUUUCCAUAUUUUAUUAUUUUUAUUUUUAUUAUCCUCCCUAUUUAUUUUUUAUUAUUUUAAUUAUUUUCUUCCUUAUUUAUUUUUUAAUUUUUUUUGUAAUUGUAAUUUUUUUAUUUUGUUUUUUAUAAAAAAAUAUAUUUUAAUGUGACUUUAACUUUCAUUUCCAUGUGUUUACAUAUUUAUUUUUAGAUUUUAUUUAUAUCAUAAUUAUUAAUAUAUUUUUUAAUUCAAUUUUUUAUUUAUUUAUUUUUGUUAUAUUAUAUUGAAAAAUAUCAAAAAUAGACCAGUUUCAAUGUAGGUGCGGUUUUUUUUAUAAAUUAAUAUUUUGCAAUAAAUCCACUUUUUUGUUUUUUUAAUAAUUUUAUUAUUUAUAAUGCUUAAAUUUUUUAAUAACUGUAUAUUUUUUAUUAAUUUGUACUUUUUAGUUUUUCUGUUUUUAUUUUUCAACAAUAUUAUAUUGAGAAUUAUUAAAAAAUUUAUAAAAAAAAGUUACUUUUAGCCCAUUUUAGUGAUAUUAUAUUAUGUACUUAAUUCAGAUGCUGACACUCAUCUAAGACAGCAAAAUCAUUCUUUUUUUUAUAUUUUUUUUUUAUUAUAACUCUGAAUUUUUGGGAACCGUAUAAAAAUAGAUAACACAGCCAUUGCAAUAUAAAAUGAAUACCUGCUUUUGUAGUUCAAAAUUUAAAAAUUUUGAAUUUAUAGCAAGUAUAAUAUUUGUAUGUAUAAUUGCGAUUCCAUCCGUUAAAUCACACAAUGCAAAUAAAAAAAAAUCGACUACCAGAACUCCUCCUAAUCAUUCGCACACUCAUACGAUCACCAUGUCACAUCUCUAACCAAUUAUAAAUACCCUUUUAUAAUUAGUAUUUUUUCUAACACAUUUUUAAUUUUCUUAAUAAGAAGAAACAUUUUUUUUUUUGCAUUUCGCUUGGUACAAUGGAAAUAUCAUUAAUAUACAAGAAUAGCUAAAUUAAAAAGCACUGUUACUUAAUCAGCUAAAACGGCAACUUGUUUACUUUAACUUAAAACCAGUAAUAAGAAACAAAAAUGAACAGAAUACAAAGUAACUAAACGUAUUUCUUGAAACAGUGUUGCAUUUUGCAUCUAAAUACAUACUCUACAAAAAAAUGACAAAAAAAAUUCGAAACUUUUGAAAUUGUAACACCAAUAGCACAAGAACAGCAGUAAACAUGCUUAGAACAGCGUGAAAAUAAAUUAAAAAAUAGUUAUAUAAAUAUAUUUACAACUUAUAAAUAAAUUUAAAUGGAUUAUCAGACAAACAUUCAUAUGUAUUACUUUAAUAUAUACAUAUUAUGCAUAUACAGAUAUGAAUAUAAACGUAACCCUAAGCGAAAGUUGCUAAAACUGUAUAAUUUGAAAAAAAAAAAACAAAAAACAAAAAUAUUAUAAAAAAAGCGACACAUGGUUAGUUAAAUAAAAAAAAAAAACAAAA